CUCAGACUUUCACAGACUACAGGGCGUUUCAUCUUCAGGAAGCUCCGCGGAGGUCUGAGCAGCUCCGGGACAAGCAGACGGAAUAUAUCCGAGGAAAGAAAGACGACAUCGCUGGCUCUACUACGGCGGAGGAGGAGACACGGAUGUUGACGGAUGAAGAACACUUCGGUUGGGAUUUCUUCCAUCUUGAGACUUUCUUUCACACGGUGACAUGUCAUCGUAGUGAUUGUUUUAGAGGACUCCACGGUUAAAAGGAAGCUUUGGGAGUGUUGACAAAUGCGUUAAAUAAGUUGAAAUGAGGAGAAACGGUCCCUUAACUGAAGUCAUCGCUUGAAGGAUCACAGGAUUCAUGCAAUGUAAUCUAGAAGACUGCACAGCUGAGACGGGGUCGGUACAACUUGAGUAACACAAGUGCUAUCACAUCACGUCAAGACUAUACCCCGUACCAGUGUUUUGACAUGUACAUGUACAUGGAACUCAAACAUGGUAGCAACUCAAUGUCCUGAGAAGCUCAGGCUUGCGCACACACCUUCUCAGUGGCAACCAGACAAUACGCAAUCCCAUCAUAACUCUUAUGGACUCCCUCGCCAACCUGAGUCACAGCCAAUCCUAAGCAGUGCAGGAUUCCAUUGUCGUGGACAACACGUGGUUUACGCCAAUCAAAACUGGAGUGGUGAUUUUGGACCUUGUAAAAUCAUUAAAACUGGACUGCAACUAAGACAACAUUCAAAUUGCGCUUGUCCAUCCUUUCCAAGUCUUGCAGCACUUCAGGGAGACAGUCUUGAAAUUGCAACACAGCCAUCUCCAUUACAGGAUAUGUAUUCUGUACCUGAGAAGAAGACUUCCCACCCCAUGUUGCAAGCCUCACUGAAAGAUGGAAGACACUGCAAGAGACUACAAGUGAAAGGUAGACUUGAAUCUAUGAAACGUGGAUGGGCUGGAAUACACAACAUGAAUCAUUCAGAAGGAAGUCAUUCAAGCUCCAAUCAGAACCACCCAUCUUCCUCCACUCAGGAAUGGGAGGAACGUAUGAUAGCCAUUGUUGACAAAAUGGUUGCAAAUAUUCGGCGCCAAAAUGUAGAACACACUUCCUCCAACAUUGUUGCUAACCAGCCAACUGCUGUGGCUACAAAGGCAGGUGAAGAGAACAGUUCAGAAGGCAGCAAGGCAAAUUCUGAGCCAAUACCAGAGUUGAAAGAGGCAGCUCAUUCUGCUACAUCUGCAUUGGAGAAGGAUUCCACAGGUACAUUACUUUCUUCUAUGCGUCACUUGAAUAUGAUUUGCAACCAGGAGAACGCUUGUAUGUAACCAUUCCUGAUAAGGCCGAUGGCAGACUUGUGUAUUUGGUCGAUUGUGAAUAUAAAAAAUGUGUUCAUACGAAUGCAGAAAGUUUCCCCUGGAAUAUCGAUAACAUUCAUCUCUUUACAUCCACAGAGUAUCCUAGGAUUAUGAGGAAUGUUGCAGCCACUUGCAAUAAGGGUGGAGAUGAGACUAUGACCACAGCUCCAGAUGUGCCCUUGGAUGAACUGACUGAGGACCAGCUCAAUUCAUCACCUGACUCCAGUCCUUCUCAAGAAGAAAAUAAGCCUCUUCAGUUGGAUAUGAGGAAGACUGUGAAUGAUACCAAUCAACUACCUGGGGUUUCUAAGCCUCUCAAAGGCAUAGCCGAGGAGCAUAAAUUGGACGGAGGCAUACAAUCAGUGGAGGGAUUGUGGUUUGGCAAAAAACAUGGUGUGGUGCAAGUCUCGGAGGAACUUCAAACAAAGUCUGUUUCUGAGGAGAAAACAAGUUCUGAACCUUUUAGUCAUGAUGCAUGUUCAGUGUUUUCAUCACCUGAACCGAGUAUUGCAUUACCUGAAAACAAAGUCAAAGUACAGACUGGUCAAUUGGAAGGCAUUUGUGAGGAAGCAUUUGUUGUGAAAACUGUGCGUGAUCCAGCAUACGAAGACAUUUCAGAUGAUAGUCAAAUGAGUGAGGAAGCAAUUGCCAAAACAUUUUUAAAGAAUCCAGAAUAUGAAGACAUUUCAGAUGAUGGUCAAAUAAAAGGCAUGGGUGAGGAAGCAAUUGCUUUAAACAUUGUAGGUAGCCCUCUGUAUGAAGACAUCUCUGAAGAUGACAUGUCACAGCCAGCCACCAAACUCCCUCUUCCACACACUGAGGAGUCAAGUUUUUCAGCACCCCUUGAACAACUUCAACAUACAAGAGAAGAUGAAAAUUCAAAAACUGGAAAUGUGUCGAUGGAAAGGCUGUCUCAAGUAACUAAACCAAAUGAUAAGCAAUCCCUGAAAAGGGGAGUCUCUGCAGAUGAGCAAGGGAAUGAGAAGAAGCCGGCUACACCCAAGAUUGAAACGUUGGAUUUGAAACAAUUAAACUGUCAUUCAUGUUUCAAUGAAUCUGAUGAUGAAAACCACUCAUUUUUACGUAGCUCUGCUGAUUUGAAAUAUGAAGUGAUGGAUGAUCAUACUGAUGAUGAUGAUGAUGAUGACUGGAUAGUAAUACCUUUAACAAUCUCUGACCUGAGAUUUGAUCAAGAAACUGAAAAUCAGGAAGGCUUAGGAAUAGUUAAGCUUGAUAAUGGUGAAGCUGAUGCCACAGAAAAAAAAUUCAACACAAAUUGCACUCCUUGGCAAGGCCCAGAACCAACUUUAGCUUUUUCCAACAUAGAGGUAUUUGAAACAGUUGAUAGCUUUGUACAAGCCACAGAGGUACAAAUACUAAAUCGAUUUGAGGUAGCAUACUGGAGCUCUCCUGACCAUGACGUUGAUUACACAAAACAAUUGCAUGUACCUGAGAACAGUCGAGAACAGUUAUCUGAGGAUGAAGACAGUUAUGACACUGAAGACAGCUGUGAUUACCCGUCUGAAGCAAAGCACAAUCGUUUGACUGUCUCCAGGAAGUUGCUGGAGCACAGUUCAGUACCUCCAACCCCAGCAGCAGAUGGUCCUUCAUCUAGAAAUGAGGUAGAAGAUAAGGUCACAUCUUUGAAAGAUGGCCAAACCAAGAGCUUCUACGAUUUCAAAGAAAAAAUUCAACAAUUAAUUGGAAAAAAGACUGGCUUUGGACAAAAUAAGACCUGUGGACAAAAUAUUUCAGAAAAUGUAGUACUCCUUGAACUUGACCCGGAGGGUGAAAUUGGCCAAAGAAGGAGAAAGAAGGCAAAAAGGAACAGGGCAUUUCGUUCAGGCUCAGAAAACAGUGAAGAUGCCUCGUUAAGUCAACACGGGAGAAAUUCACCUAUUACACACAGAAAGACAGAAAAACCAACGAUUUUAAACAAUAGUCCAAUAAUUAUUGAUUCUGACCCAGAAGAAGGAGAGACGGAGAGAAGGAUGCUAAUCAACAGCCCAAUUAUUGUUGUUACGGACUCGGAGGAUGAAGGUGAAAAAAACUGCAAAAAGAAGGCAAAGAGAUAUUCCUCUUCUGGCUCAGAGGAUAAUGGUUAUCUUAUAUGUAUUGACGAACCACCACCUCAGCGGAAUGAAGCACCUGUGCCUCCUGCAAACUCACAACACUUGUCUAACCUACCCGAUACAGACAAUAAUGAAGUGAUGCAGGAUAUGUGUUCUGACUUUACUCUCAGUGGGAGUGGACAGCUAAGUAAAGCUACAGAAUGCUUUGAGAGUGUUAAACACAAGGCCAACAGACAAACCGAUUCAGAAGACACUGAUGAAGAAGUAAGAAAAAAACAUCCACGUAAAAAAGCAGCAAAUACAAAGACAGUUCUCCCAUCAACUUCAGAAGAUAAUGAUGAUCCCUCAAUGGCCAGAAAUCACAGACCUUCACCUGAACCUAUGAACCCCCUUUUUGUGGCCAACAAAAAGUCUGAAAAAGAUAGACUGUCUUCUGAACACUCUGCAAAGAAACAGCUCCAGGACGGGAAAGCAGAAACCACUGUGCGUUGUAAUUCUGUAGUUCCUCAUCUUUUUUCAAAUGGUAUUGAACACAAUGGGCACUUGGAACUUACGAGGAAAGCUGAAACUCAGACUCCGAAGAACCAAACAUCAUGCAGUAAAGUCUGCAAAAAGAAUGAACGGCACUUAACUGGAAGUAAGGUUCAGGAGAAGGUAGCUAACCCCCCACUGGUUUCAAGACAAUUUUCAUUACCUAACCAUGUAGGCCCAUCAACCUCCAACAGCAGUUUGUCUUCCACAAGUGGACCACUAACUGAUACAAGACGAAGUUCAGCCUCAACAAGCGGUUUGCCUUUGUCUGGUGUGUCCAGACAUACAUUAAACUCUGCUAAUCUUCCUAGAUCUGAGCAGAGCACAUCUACACUCAGACAUUUGACCUCAUCCAGAGUCAAGCGGUCUCGCUCAUUAAGCAGCUCUUCAACAAUAGAUCCACCUUCCUCUCCCACAAUAGCCCCAUCAUCUUCAGGGAGGAAAAAAGUUCUAGAAAUAUGGAGUAAUGAACACAUAGUAACCCAAUUCAGAAAAAGGGGCUAUGGAAAAGACGUUUUAAGAACCAGAAAUGAUGAUUCAUUGAGGGAAGGUAGAUCAGGAAGUGAUCAAAGUGAGUCAAGGAGAGAAGCCAGACCAGAACCUAGUCACAGUGGUUUGUCGAGGGAAGCUAGACCAGAAUCCCGUCACGGUAAGAGAGCCAGGCAGACGCACAGUUCUCUUCUGAAUUUAGCCCCACUGAUGAAAAAAUCCAUAACUGACUACAAAGGGGUGCCAAAGGCGAAAAAUCGGGAACCUGCAAGGGAACAACGUGGCACUGUGGGUGAGAAUUACAAGUGGUCAGCCGAGAGAAAGCCAAACAAAGGUCCCAGCAGAGACGGGAUGCAGUGAUGAACUCCUGCAGGACCUCAUGAGAAAAGAUUCAUGUGUCUCUUACCCAACUUUGUUUUGUUCCCACAGGAACAGAUGAUUGAUGGGCCAAAAAAUCCAGUUACUGUUGUAACCAAUUCUUUGAAUUUUUUCAGACUUUGUAUAUAUUUCAAUGACAUACAGCGUGAUGUAUAUAACAGAAUAUUUUGUAUUUUAGCUGCUUGUGUGUAUGUAUAUAUUCAUUUUGUAAAUAUGUCGGCUGUUUGUGGUACUUUAAUUUUUUUUUAUUGAUUUGUUUGAGCAUUUGUUCAUCAGCUACCUCAAUAGGCAUCAACAUAGAGCAUAAAGCUGUUUCCUUAUUUUGCUCUGAGUAUGUUCUGGACAUUAAACUGUGAAGUUCAGCUGUCUAAUAUCUUUAUUUUUUAUAUCAUUCUUUCCCUCUUUGUAAACUGUAAAUAAUAACUCUGAUUGCACCAUUCCUACUUCCUUUUAAAAUGUCAACGGUGAAAUAUAAGACGCGACUUAA